CCAAAGCCAACUUGGUAUCUAUUUUAAUGUAUAUAUACCACCCCACAUGAAUUUCAUUUAAUCUCUCUCAUAGCCAUAAAGAAUACGUCCAAGUUGAAGUUACUAACUAUAUAACCCUAACACACAUCACAAACCCAAACCCCUCCCACAAAAAAAGAUCCUCCUUCAUCUUCAUCUUUCUUCAAAACCCUUUCUAAUAAACAUAACACCACUCAAAUUAACAAGAUCCAUCAAAUUCUAUCAUUACUUAUUUUCUUUUAAUUUUUCAUCAUAUUAUUCUCAUCAAUAAAAAUUAAAAUGCCUCCAAAUCCACCAAAAUCUUCUCUCCUCCUCCACAGGAUCAACCACACCACCACCACCACCACAACCGUCACCAACCACCAUGCCGAAAACAACAGCAUCCUCUUCGUCAACCCCGUCGUCACCACCAUCCCUAAUACCAUAGCACACUACCACACACACCCAGUAUCCUCCAACCAAUUAUGCUCCGUGGUCAUUCAAGAAACAACUGCCUCCAUCUCUGCCGUUUGGUCCGUCGUUCGUCGCUUCGACAAACCACAAGCCUACAAAAAUUUCAUCAAGAGCUGUAGCCUCAUCGGUGGUGACGGUGAUGUGGGCACAGUCAGGGAGGUCAACCUUAUAUCUGGACUCCCUGCUGCCCGCAGCACCGAACGCCUUGAGAUCCUUGAUGAGGAGCGUCAUGUGAUCAGCUUUAGCGUUGUUGGUGGGGACCACCGGCUUGCUAACUACUGUUCCGUGACUACACUUCAUCCCUCCACCGCUGGUGACGGUUCUGGCACGGUGAUUGUUGAGUCCUACGUGGUGGAUAUUCCGCCGGAAAAUACUAAAGAGGACACACGAGUGUUUGUUGAUACAAUUGUUCGGUGUAAUCUUCAGUCACUUGCACAAAAUGCAGAGAACAUUAAGCAACAAAAGAACAACGAUCAUCACAAGGGUUGUUCUUGAUUUUUCAUUUUCGUUUUUUCACAUUUUUAAUGUUAUAUAAUAUUGUUAAUUAAGUAUUUUGUGCAUAUUGUGAUUACUAUUACUAGAUUAUCUAAUGUAUGAGUUGGUUAAUUUGCGUGACCAAGUUAUCUUAAUAUAUUAUGUAUUAUGUAU